UCAGAACGCGGAGAGAACGCAGCAGUAUAAAACGAUGCGUUCAUCAGUUCGCGCAAUCAUACGUCGAGCAGUGUGCGGCAAGCAGUGGACCACGAUUCAUAACGACAGAGAUUGUUAAAUCUAAACAAGUAAUUAUGUCGCCGAUGUUGAGUGCAAUCAUACUCAUCACUUCAAUUGUGGUUUUUCCAAAUAUUGAUCCUGUGACUUCUUCCUUUCCGGCCUUCCAAACGAAUUGUGCGACCAAUACGGAGUGCGAACCAAAUUCCUGCUGUUUGCUAGGGCCUAUGAGGUACACAAGGCCGACUUGCAUGCCGUUCCAACAGAAAGGUGAACAAUGUCGAGUAAAUGCUGACACUAUCACGGCCAAUUUGACUUACCCGGAUAAUUCACAAAUCGAAGUUAAAGAUAUUCACUUCAUCCUGUGUCCUUGCGCUAACGGAUUAUCCUGUAAUUCAAAACUCGGCAUCUGCAAGUAGAAUUUUCUGUCAUUUAAAGUGACCGGAAACAUCAUAAUCAUCAUGAUUAUACGAAGCCAAAUAUUUCGAGGAAAGAAACAAGUAACAUUGAGGAAGUAUUUUCAAUUGUAUGUUGACCGUAAUAGUAGACCGAAAAUAUUCACGAGACAUU